AUGGUGGCGGUGGCCUUUCUGUUGGUUCGCCGUUUUGCCCCAGAAGCCGCGGGAAGUGGAAUUCAGGAAGUGGAAGGUGCCCUGGGGGGGCUGCGAGACAUUCGCUGGCAAAGGGUGAUCCCCGUCAAGUUUGUCAGCGGCGUUCUUGCGAUUGGUUCCGGACUGGUGCUGGGCCGCGAGGGGCCAACCAUUCAUAUCGGUGGCUGCGUCUCACGCAUGGUUGGCGAGAAGGUGAAGGCCACGAGUGAGACCAUGAACACGCUUGUGGCCGCCGGAGCGGCCGCGGGACUGAGCGCCGCGUUCAGUGCUCCCUUGGCGGGCGUGUUCUUUGUAACCGAAGAGAUGCAGAGUCGGUUCAAAUACACUUUUGUUUCUUUGCAUGCCAUCGUCAUCGCCAGCGUAACCUCGAACCUGGCGAUCGAAGAAGUGUUUGGGAUGGGCCCGGCGUUGCCGAUCCGUCUCGAUGUGGUGUUACCUGAAGGGGCGUUUCCUAUCAGCACGCUUGCCAGCGUUCCUUCGAACCUGAUCCUUGGCGUGAUCAUGGGAAUCUGCGGCGUGGGGUUCAAUGCCGUUCUGUUGACCUGGCUUCGUGUUACCGAUCGCUUGUCUCCGCGAACCAUGCUGCUGGCAGCCUCGGGCUUUGGCGCAUUGGCUGGUGCGCUGCUGAUGACCUGGCCCAACUACGUGCGAGGGGGCGAGGUGAUGGUGCAGGAAGUCUUCAUGAGUCCGCCGGCGCUCGGGUUGUUGCUGAUAUUAAUCGCGAUUCGCGUUCCAAUGACGUUCAUCAGCUACUCGGCCGGAGUGCCUGGCGGUAUCUUCGCCCCGAUGUUGGCUCUCGGAACACUCAUUGGGUUCACUUUCGGACAUUUCACCGGAGAACUCAUUCCCUACAACGAACUGAAUCCCGGCGCCUUCGCGGUGGCGGCCAUGGGCGGACUGUUCGCCGCAACCGUUCGCGCCCCACUGACCGGCAUUGUGCUGGUGGCGGAACUCACCUCCAGUUUCGAACUGCUGCCGGCGAUGAUCAUCACCUGCGUCACCGCCAGCAUCACCGCCCAAUGGCUCGGCAGUAAACCGAUUUACGAAAGCCUACUGGCCAGAACGCUGGAGAAUGAAGGCCAGCGGGUAAUCGCGGGUUGGGGCUUCUGGGGCGUGGUGUUGGCGAUCAGCUUUGCGUGUUCGCAUUCGGUGGCACAGGAGGCCUCCUCGGAUGCGGCCGUCGAGCCUCCGCUUGAGUUUGUGCUGAACGUAGGUGGCAAGGAUAUGCCCGUUCGUCUAGACGAGCCGUUCGAACUCGAGGGCGGAGAUGGAAAGCAGGUGCUGACGCUUUCCGUCGGCGAUACACGGCUGUUCGACAAAUCGGGGAUCAAGUUUCGCUACCCACGGCAUUUUGCUUUUGAAGCCGAUCUGGAAGAUCCCACGUUCCAGGGUUGGACUCUCGAUGGAAACAGCACUGUCAUGAUGUUGUUUCUCGCUCCCGACACUGACGACGCAGCGACCAUGCGCGACGAGUUCGUCGAAACCAUGGUGGAACAGUUCGGCGAGGACCAAACCUCGGUGAGCAAUACCUCCGUCUUGCUGGAAGGUGAAGUGGUUAACGGCCGACGCAUCGAGGCCCUGAUCGCCGAUGUCACGCUUCGUCAGGAUAUUCUCGGGCUAGUCACUCCAGAAGGAGCGCUAAUCCUGGUCAUUCAAGAUACGCUGGACGAUGACGGUUCAUCCACCGUAGAGACCACCGGUCACGUGAUGCAGUACCAGCACGAGCAGAGAUCAAUCCAUCAUCGUCGGGCUUUCCUCGGGCGGGCCUCGCUGGGGCUGGGCUCAUUGGCGCUCUCGUCGCUGCUCGGUCCUGCUGCCGUGGCUGAAGAUGGCGGAACGACCCGCGAUGCGAUUUCUGGUUCGCCGGGGGUGGUUGAUCCGUUGCACUUCGCCCCGCGGGCGAAACGGGUGAUCUUCUUGUGCAUGUCGGGAGGUCCCUCGCAUCUCGAAACGUUCGACUUCAAGCCAACGCUCGAAAAGAUGAACGGUCAGCCGAUGCCCGAGUCGUUCACCUCGGGCCAGCCGAUUGCGCAGUUGCAGGGGCAGGCUCUCUCGUGUUUGGGGCCGAUGUUCAAAUUCAACCGGCACGGUAAAUCGGGGCAACAGAUCAGCGAUGCCCUGCCGCAUAUCGCGACCAUUGCCGACGACAUCGCGAUCGUGCGGUCGAUGGUUACUGAAGCCAUCAACCACGACCCGGCGCAUACGUUCAUGAACACCGGUUCGACCAUCCCAGGGCGGCCCAGCAUGGGAUCGUGGCUCACUUAUGGCCUGGGAACCGAGACCGUCGAACUGCCGGGCUUUGUCGUGCUCACCUCGCAAGGGGGCCGCAAUCCUCAACCGAUCGCUUCACGUCAAUGGCACAGCGGGUUUCUACCCGGCCGUUAUCAGGGCGUUCCCUUUCACUCGCACGGCGACCCGGUGCACUAUGUGGCCAACCCGCCGGGCGUCUCGCGGCGGCAACAGGGCGACUUGGUCGAAACGGUUGAAUCGCUCAACCGGUUGGCUGCUCAGCAAGUGGCCGACCCGGAGAUUACCACGCGGAUUAAGCAGUACGAACUGGCUUUUCAGAUGCAGGCCAGUGUACCUCAAUUGAUGGAUCUAUCGGAUGAGCCGCAGUGGAUGCUGGACCGGUACGGCACCAAGGGAGCCGACGGAAGUUUUGCGGCCAACUGCCUGCUGGCCCGACGACUUGCCGAACGAGGCGUGCGGUUCAUCCAUCUCUAUCAUCGUGGCUGGGAUCAUCACAACGAUUUGGUGCCGUUCAUGCACGAGUGUGCCGGGCAUGUGGAUCAGGCCACAGCAGCGUUGGUCAACGAUCUCAAGCAGCGGGGCAUGCUCGACGAUACGCUGAUUGUCUGGGGCGGGGAGUUCGGCCGCACCCCGAUGUCGCAAAGCAACAAAGGCAACAAACCGGGCCGCGAUCAUCACAUCAAGGGGUUCUCGAUGUGGCUCGCCGGCGGUGGUAUCAAAGGUGGUGUCACGCAUGGUGCGACCGACGAACUAGGUUACGCAUCUGUUGAAGAUGUCGUGCAUGUGAACGAUCUACAUGCCACCAUGCUGCACUUGCUGGGGAUCGAUCAUCGCAAGUUGACAUAUCGGGCACAGGGCCGUGACUAUCGACUCACAGACGCAAGGAAGGCUUUCAUGACCUCGGGCGACUUUUCGAACCAAGCAGAAGCUUACCGCCGCUCGCGACCGGGCUAUCCGCCCGCGCUGGUUGAGCGGCUGAUUGCUCGUGCCAAUGUUCAUCCGACAGACUCCAUCGCCGACAUUGGGGCCGGCACUGGAAUUCUUACUGAGAUACUCAGCGGUCGGGGCUUUAAGAUCACGGCCGUCGAACCAAACGCGCCGAUGCGUAGUGAUGUGAAAGCCUUGCCGGAUGUCGUCUGGCGAGAGGGGGCUUUCGAGUCGACCGGAUUGGAUGAUUCUUCGCAGCAGUGGGUCGUCGCAGCCCAGGCCUUUCAUUGGGCCGACCCGUCGCGAGCGCUUCCUGAGUUGCGGCGUAUUCUGGCCCCCGGCGGCAAGUUCACCGCCCUGUGGAACAAUCGCCUGAAUGAUGACGAGCCCGUGGUGAAGUGGACCCGGGAUGCCAUCUGCCGGCAUGUGCCCGACUUCACGCAUGCCUAUCGCGAUCGGGAGUGGGGCGAAGUCAUGUUCUCGACGGGCGAUUUUUGCGAUCCGAUCUACGACGAAGAGAACCACACCGUGGCGAUGGACCGCGAGCGGUACGUCGACCUGUGGCGAAGCCAUCACAGGCUGGCCGAGAUUGCCGGCCCUGAACGGCUGAAGGCAUUACUCGACGAUUUGAUCGAGUAUCUGCAGCAGAAUAAGGUCGAACGGGUGGAUGUUCCCUACCGCUGCCGGUCGUGGACCGUCACGCGCGCCUGA